AUGAAUUUCUAUGAUGGUGCAUUUCUGGUAUUAAUAUCAGCAUGCGCUCUUCUUACAUGGCGACAAUAUCAUAUGAGGGAAGAGUCGGCAGAAGAUAAGAGAAAUGCGAAUGUUGCUACCCCUCUUGCGAAGGCAGAAGCAAGCCGCUUCAUCAAACUAUUCCUUACCGUUUAUUGUCUUGUGAUGGCAUCGGAUUGGCUGCAAGGACCCUACGUUUACAGUCUCUACAAAGAUCAAUUCGGACUCGACGAGAAAAUCGUAGCUUUACUCUUUACAACUGGGUUUCUAUCCGGUGGCAUAUCUGGAUACUUCGUAGGUUCAUUCGCAGAUAAAUAUGGUCGCAAAUCAGCAUGUCUCGUCUUCUGCUUCACCUAUUCGCUUUCUUGUUUUUCGACUCUCUUUCAUAGCGCUCCAGUUCUGUUUGUUGGACGAAUAUUUGGAGGUUUAAGUACGAGUUUGAUGUUUAGCGCUUUUGAAAGUUGGAUGGUUACGGAAUAUCAUAAGAGGAAUAUACAAAAAGCUGGGAUGAGUUUAAAUAGUCUCUUUGGAGUUAUGUCUACUCUGAAUAGUGUUAUGGCUAUUUUAUCGGGUGUGUUUAGUGAGUGGUUGGUUCAGAUCACGGAUGAUAGGAGAAUGCCAUUUAUGGCCUCUGCUUGUCUUUUGGGGAUUUCCGCAUAUAUCAUAACCAUAUGUUGGACUGAAAAUUACGGUGACAGCGCGAUCACAACCCAAAAGUCGCCUUCCAGCGUCUCAAGAAAUUCAUCCACCUCACCCAAUGCCAACUCCCCCUCGCGCACUCCCAAAGAGCCUCUUCCUACCUCCUCAGUCCUAGCUCUAAUCUUCACCAACCCUCGAAUUUUCACUCUUGGCCUCGCCUCCUGUUUUUUUGAAGGUAGCAUGUACCUCUUCGUCUUCUUCUGGACACCCUUCCUAAACUCCACUCAAUCAUCUUCAUCCUCACCUCCACUGCCACUAGGCAUGAUUUUCGCAAGUUUCAUGUCUUCAGUCAUGCUCGGAUCUCUAAUCUUCACCCAUCUCUCCUCAACUUUCAAAUCACUCACUCAAACUCGGCUUUUGACCAUUGUCUUCGCUAUCUCUUCUAUCUCUUUACUAUUUCCUCUUCUCACUAAUAAUCAACAUUAUACUUUUUACGCAUUUUGUGUUUUUGAAGCGAUGGUUGGUAUGUAUUUUCCUAGUGUGGGUUCUUUGAAAGGAAAAUGGGUGGAGGAUGGUGUUAGAGCGAGGGUUUAUGGAGCACUAAGGGUUCCAUUGAACGUAUUUGUGGUGAUUAGUUUGGCUUUGGUGAGGGAAGGAGAGGAGUACAGGAGAGGUGUAUUUUUAAUUUGUGGUGGAUUGUUGGUUGCUAUUAGUGGAGUUUUUUAUAGGUUUGUUAGGGAGAAUUAA